AUGGAAAUCCCGAGGCUGCUCCCGGCUCGCGGGACACCACAGGGCGGCGGCGGCGGCGGCGCCGGCUGCUGCCCGGCGGGUGGCGGCGGGGUCCACCGAGCCCCGGAUUCUCUGGCUUGUCAGGCCCCCACGCGCCGCCUCCUACUGCUCCGGGGGGCCCAAGAUGGCGGGCCGGGGCCGCGGAGCGCCGAGGCCCAGAGGGCCUCACGGGGCCUGGGCCCGAGCCUGAACCGGUUGGCGCCGAGGCCGGAUCACCGGAGCGGCGGCGGCGGGGGUGCUGGUGGCGGCGGCAGAGGCGGCGGCAGCAGAGGCGGCGGCGGCAGAGGCGGCGGCGGCGGAGGAGGAGUAGGAGGAGGUGGCAGCGGCGGCGGCGGCGGAGGCGGCGGCGGCGGCGGCAGCGACGACUUCUUCCUGUUGCUGCUUGACCCGGUGGGUGGCGAUGUAGAAACAGUGGGCACGGAGCAGGCCGGAGGGCCUGUGUGGAGGGAGGAGGCCAAGGCAGGCCCGGGGCCCGAGCGGCGCCAGAGCGGCGGCGUGAACCCGGCGGGCCGGCCCGAGCCGGGCCCCCGCUGCCUGUCGGCGGUCCCGGCCGCGUCCCCCCUUCCCGCGGCCGGCCCAGGCCCGGCGGCGGCGGCGGCCUUCGCGGGCACCAUCACUAUCCACAACCAGGACUUGCUGCUGCGCUUUGAGAACGGCGUCCUCACCCUGACCACGCCCCCGCUGCCCGCCUGGGAGCCGGGGGUCGCGCCGUUCCCGCAGCCACAGCCGCAGCCGGGGGCACUGAUCGCCCCGCAGGCUGCCGGCUUUCCGCCCGCCGCCGCCACCGCCGCCGCCGCCGGGGCGCAGCUGGGCGACUGCCCGGAGCUGCCACCGGACCUCCUGCUGGCGGAGCCGGCGGAACCGGCGGCCGGCCCGGCGCCUCCGGAGGAGGAGGCCGAGGCCCCGGCCGCCGCCCAGAGCCCCCGCGGGCCUCUGGUCCCGGGCUCGGGCGUGGUGCUGUACCUGUGCCCGGAGGCGCAGUGCGGACAGACCUUCGCCAAGAAGCACCAGCUGAAGGUGCACCUGCUGACGCACAGCAGCAGCCAGGGCCAGCGGCCCUUCAAGUGCCCCCUGAGCGGCUGCGGCUGGACCUUCACCACGUCUUACAAGCUCAAGAGACACCUGCAGUCGCACGACAAACUGCGGCCCUUUGGCUGCCCCGUGGAGGGCUGUGGCAAGAGCUUCACCACCGUGUACAACCUCAAGGCGCACAUGAAGGGGCACGAGCAGGAGAACUCCUUCAAAUGCGAGGUGUGUGAGGAGAGCUUCCCCACGCAGGCCAAGCUCAGCACCCACCAGCGCAGCCACUUCGAGCCCGAGAGGCCUUACCAGUGUGCGUUUUCUGGCUGCAAGAAGACGUUCAUUACUGUGAGUGCCCUGUUUUCUCAUAACCGCGCCCAUUUCAGGGAACAGGAACUCUUUGCCUGCUCUUUCCCUGGCUGCAGCAAGCAGUAUGACAAGGCUUGCAGGCUCAAGAUCCAC